AUGCUCUUUAUCCUCAGAUACCUCAUACUAUUCGCGGCUCUUGUUGCUGCUAAAGGAUGCAAUCUUACCGAUAACUCUACUUGUCCCUCAGGAGCCCAUAUCAUCGUGGCCCGAGGCAGCCUCGAGCCUCAAGGAUCCGGCCUCAUGGGAGCUGUCGCCCAGCAGAUCAAUGCCAGGAUUCCUAACUCCGAUAUAAGUCCUCUCAAGUAUCCGGCUAUCUAUGAACCUUAUAAGCCCUCGCAGACCGAGGGCGUCAGGAGUCUUGCUAAGGUGGUCAGAGACUAUGCUGCACGCUGUCCCGAGACGAAGAUGAUUCUACUCGGAUACUCUCAGGGGGCUCAUGUCGUUGCCGACGUCAUGUGCGGUGCAAGUUCGAUCGGAUUCCCAACUACGAAGCCACUCCCUCUCAACAUCAGCAGCAAGAUUGCCGCCGUUGUCCUGAUGGGCGAUCCGAGUACUACGAAAGGACAAGACUUCCACGUUGGGACCAGCCAAGGUGAUGGAGUACUUCCUCGUCAGAAUCCAGAUGGCUGCCGGUGUGUCUUCAGAAAGACGAUCUCAUUUUGUGACGCAGGGGACCCCUUCUGCGAGGCGGGAGGCCACGACUUGAGAACUCAUAUGAGAUAUGUAUCGGCAUAUGGACAAAUGGCUUCCGAUUUUGCUGUUUCCAUGUUCCACCUUUCCUAG